AUGUUUGGCUAUGUUUACGACGAUAUUAUGCAACAGCAUGCCAGUCCAUAUGAUCCAAACAGAAAAACCCAAGAACGACCGGAACGAACAGUUCUGAUUCAUUCUAGACUACAAAAUGAUGGUUUACUUAAAGAUGCAAUAAAUAUCAAACUUCGAGCAGCAGAAGACUGGGAACUUUGUUUAAAUCAUCCUUACAAAUUGAUCAAAGAACUUGAAGAAAUGAAAACGGUGGAACAAUUGGAGGAAUAUUGCAAAGGGCAUGAAUUACUUUGGUUAUGUCCCGAUAGUGUUCGUAUUGCUCGACUUGUUGUUGGUGGUGUGAUUGAUUUUGUACAGGCUAAUAUUCAGGGCAG